GAUAGAUGGGUAGAUAUAGAGGGACUGAUGGAUGGAUGGAUAGAUAGAUACUCAAUAAGAAAGACUAUUUUCCAUAUUUUAGAUUAAUAACUCUGUUGAGCCUAAUCUGGUUUGAGUUGGUCUCUCAGGCUGGCAAGAUGGUUUGUUUAUAGCCUAUGCUAUUGUAGGUACUAUAAUAUAUUAUAUAUAGCCUAUAUUAUAUACUACUAUAUUAUAUAUUGGGCGUUUUAGUAUAUUGAUCCAUUUAAUAGAAACGCAAUUAUUUUGUUGAAAAUAAGUAAAAUUAGAAACUGUUUUUCAGACGCAAAUUCAGGAACUUGAAUGAAAACAGUCCCUGUGUCUAAAGUAAAAUUCGGAUGUGGCUCUCAAAACGUUGAACAAAGUGAAAUUCCGUGCUCUUUUUUCUCUUCUUUGGUGGCUGACCUGAGCUCAAUGCGAGGAUUUAACCCAUCCUCUCUACACCUCCCUGGUCCGAGCAGUGAUUCAUGCCUUUUUUCCCGGAUAAUUUCAGCACGUCACGGAGUCCUUCCCACAAAGUUAGGAAACAGCGGAGCGUCCGUGGAAGCACACGAGAGCCGCGUCUGGAAGAUCAAGAAUGCUGAAGACACAAUGGAUCCCCUAGUUCAUCUGAGCCCGUUGAGAGUCCGAAUCUCUGCUCUCCCACACCCAACGCGCCCACCUCGUCCCUGGGCACCCGACCCUGUGCCUUUCGCCUUCUCCUGGAAGACUGAGUAGAGUUUUCACACCGACUCAUGGGAGAAAAGGUGAACCCUUCCUGUGUAAAUAUGACUGGAUGGAGGUCUCAGUGGCGUCUGGUCCUGCUCAACUCGUUGACGUGUGGCCUGGAGAUCUGCGUGGCGGCUGGGAUCACCUACGUGCCCCCUCUGUUGCUGGAGGCUGGCGUGGAGGAACAGUACAUGACGAUGGUCUUAGGUAUUGGACCUGUCCUGGGACUUCUCUUCAUCCCCCUGAUUGGCUCAGCCAGCGAUCACUGCAACAGCAGCUACGGCCGACGGCGACCCUUCAUAUGGCUGCUGUCGUUGGGAGUUCUCCUAGCCCUUUUUAUCAUACCACAUGCUGACGUGUUGGCCGCCAACUUGAGCUGGGGCAGCACCCGCCGCAACCAGGCUCUCCAGGUGGGCCUGCUCAUCCUAGGCGUGGGCCUAUUGGACUUCUGCGGACAGGUGUGCUUUACACCCCUGGAGGCGCUACUCUCAGAUCUCUACCGUGAACAGGAUGACUGUGGACAGGCUUUCGCUAUGUUCUCCUUCAUGGUAAGCCUUGGAGGUUGUGUAGGCUAUUUGCUACCCGCCCUGGACUGGAGCGGUGGGCUCCUUUCCUUCUACCUGGGUGGUCAGGCUGAGUGCUUGUUCUCCCUCCUCAUCCUCAUCUUCGUGAUCAGCGUGUUAGUGACCAUGAAAGUGUCCGAGGAGCCCUUGUCCACCGUGGAACCGGGGCCGUCGGAGCCCGGACGGUGUUUUCCACGCUCGUGCUGCUAUCUGUUUCAGUGUAAGCUGCGGUCUCUGAAGUCCGGCCCGCUCAUGUGCCUGCUGAGGACUUGCUGGUCCAUGACACCGGUCAUUUAUCGCAGCUACUGCCACGUGCCGCGUGUCAUGCAACAGCUGUGUUUGGCGCAGCUCUGCAGCUGGAUGGGUGUCAUGUCCUUCAUGCUCUUCUACACAGAUUUUGUCGGCGAGGGAUUGUACGAAGGAGUUCCCAGCGCCGCUCCGGGUACCGCUCUCAGGCAGCGCUAUGAUGAAGGUAUCCGUAUGGGCAGCCUGGGCUUGUUCCUGCAGUGCGCUACCUCAACCUUCUUCUCGCUGGUCAUGAGCAGACUAGUGCGUCUCUUUGGGUCCAGGACGGUCUAUCUGAGCAGCAUGGUGUGCUUCACCAUCUCCGCUCUGUUCAUCUGCUUGUCUAAGAGCGUCCUGUUGGUCACAUCUAUGUCGGCCCUCACUGGCUUUGCCUAUGCCACACUACAGACACUGCCUUACACGCUUACCUGCCACUACCACAAAGAAAAAGAGGUGUACAUGCAAAACAGCAAAACCAAAAAAAUGCACACAAAUGGAUUCACCAUCACAAGGGAUUCUGUUUGUCUGACACUAGACAACGGCCCUGGAGAUCUCAACCACAAGAUUGGCACUUCCAAUGGGCAUGUUCCUCACAGUAGAGAUGAACCAGAGUAUUACCCACCUGUGCAUCAGAAUGCUGCCCCCCUUGGUCUGGAGUCAGAGGAUUUUGAGAAACGUGGGGUGGGACUAGACUUUGCCAUUCUGGACAGCACCUUCCUUCUCUCUCAGGUCUUCCCCACCCUCUUCAUGGGCAUGAUCGUCCAGUUCACAGAGUCCGUCACUGCGUACAUCGCCUCUUCUGCCAUCUUUGGUGCCAUUGGCAUCUAUUUCGCCACCCACAUCAUCUUUGACCAAAAGGACCUCAGAAGCUGAAAGAAGCAGUAAUCAUGUCAUGUUUGCUUUGAGGAUGAAUUGUGUUUUCUCAGAUCUCUAUGGGACUAAUGGACACAUCAAACUGGACUUGAUGUAAUUCCUGUUGUGUUUUAAAUACUUUUUGUAAAGAACUAUUUUAUUGUAUAUAUAUUUUUAUAUUGAUAAUAUAUAAAUAUAUUUAUAUCCCUAUGGGAAUUUUUAUGCAACCUGUUUUGGCAAGGUCUGUAUUUAUGUAGUAUUUUAAUCUUGUUUGACUUGUUUGUCAAACAAAAGUGUCUUAACUUUGUUUUGUUUUUUAAUCUGAAGUCUUGGUCAGUAACCAAGACUAAUAGCACAAUAUUGUCAUGUAUAGAAUCUCAAUCUGGUGUUCAAAUGACAAUCUGGGAUAUUUUUCUUCAGGUAACUUUACACACAGACCUAAGCUACCUAUUCAAAGUGUUGCAAACCAUGAUCACCAAUUGGACUUUUCUGUUACAGUAGGUUACUUUUGCAAAACUAGCAUUUGUAAUGUUCUAUUUAAGUAAUGCAUCUGUAAGUACACUCACCAUUGGUCAGAUAGUGUGUGUGUGGAGCUUUAUGUGUAUGAGUGUUGUGGGGUGUGAAAAGUGGCAAGAUUCUCAGGAUGGACUUGUCGUCCAGUUGAAAAAUCAUCAGUCCAAUCAUAGCACAAUGAACUAAUAAAAGAGGUACUGAUAUUUUAAAUGUUCACAAAAUGUUCUUAUCCUUUCCUUUUUUAUUUUAAAUGAACUAUUUAAAGUGGUGACAUUUAUCACAUCUAAUGCAGUAUGUCUGUUGUUUACAGUUAAAAUUCAGAUACAUUUUUUCCUUUGUGAUUUUCAUCAAACAAAUGCCAUGAGCAAUUUUGUUUUACUGGUAGGUUUCAGAAGAUGUCAUGCUGUGUUGUGUUAUGUCUGUUUGUCCCCUGCAAAAGUGGCAUAUAUAUAUAUAUAUCAAUAAUUUUCACCAUUCAAUAAAUUUCCAUUGGAUAAUAUACUUUUUUUCUUAUUGAAUGGUCACAUAAGUGAAAUAUGUAACACUAUUUCAUGUUUCAUUUUAACAUUUCAGAAAUUUCCUCUCCUUCUCCCUCUUGGGAUUUUUAUUAUUAUUAUUUUUCUACAUCAUAAAUCUUUAGUUCCAUUGAAUUAAAUAUAAUUUAUUAGGCUAUAUUAGAAAAAAAGAACACAAGCUAAAUUUUUCAUAAUCUUUUCCUGAAUGUUUAAAUUACAUUUGGUUAAUCAUUUUAUGUCAACUGAGGAUAAAACCUUUCAACUAAAGAAAUGGCAUCAAACUAAUUUUGAAGCUGUAAAUUAAUGCAGUGACAUGUUAUGAAGUGGAUCCAUGUGACAUGAUGAUGCCACACACAACUACUCAAUGUUCUCUUUUGUUCCUUGAAUUAUAGACUUCUGAAGUGUUUGGAUAAUUAAUGCCGUAGAAAAAUGGGUCAGGAUUUUGCAUGUAAAA